GUGAUGAGGUUUUUGAAAGGUUGGCUGUGUAGGCUAGUCAGUAUACAUACAAGGUCUAGACCAGAGCCAUUAGACUUCAGGUGUGUGUGUGUGUGUGUGUGUGUGUGUGUGUGUGUGUGUGUGUGUGUGUGUGGCAUGCUGUGUGUGGUUUCUAAUAGCCUAAUUCCCUUAGAGGGGGGUAGAGAGGCAGUUGCCCUGUCAGUGGAGGAGAUAAAGCACUCCGGGCGCUCUGAGAUGUUUUUUUUUUUUUUUACCAACAGCACCCAAAUCCGAUCCUUACUUACUGUCUUCCUCCUCUUUGAAGAAUCUGUUUUUAUAUUCCUGUGUGGGGAAUCUCCUUAGCUGCUCUGUUUUCCACCGCUGACCUGAAUCCCCAAGUGUUUAUUCUAUCAGCUCUGCAAUUAAUCAGCAUGCAAAAUCUGAGUGUGUUAUGUGACAGAUUACAUCUCACACACACACACAGACCAACAUGACAUUUUGAUUGUGGAUUUUAGGCCUGGGUCUGGCUCCCGUCUAAGAUGUCCAUCUGUAAGGAGUAACAGCCCACGUUUGUGCACAGCAAAAAGGAAGGGGUUGACCACAGCUUUAAGUUUUCCCUUUAUUACAACAACACAUUCUGCACUUCAGUAUUUCUGGGUAUACUGUCCGCAGCACUGCUGGGGAGAGGAAACAAAAGGAAGACCCUACGCAGUUAUGCUCAUAUUUGGACUGAGAGAUAGACAGCUGCAGAAAGUUGAACACACAAUGACUGAAGGAAAGGGUCUUGCACUUCAUGAGGGUCGCACAUUUUGGAUAGUUUAUCCUACGGAUUAAACUCAAAGGGGGGGGGCAGAAUACACUGGAGUGACUCUGAUGGGAAGGAAAGGACUGCGAGAAGUGAUCCUCCAACAGAGUUUGUGCGCAAGAAGAAACAAGAGCAAACAUCCGUUAAUGGACUUCAAUGACUCGGACUGAGGAUCACAAAAACCACCAUGACAAAAAACAUCUCCACUCCGUAUCCCACAACCACCUUCCAGACUCCCAACAGCCCCCUUUGUCUCACAGAGAGCAGCGAGAUGAACUUCACCGCGAACAACCAAACCGGUCUGAACGACGGCACGCUGCGGAGCCUGCUGGCGGUGUUCUACACGGUAAUCUUCGUCGUGGGUCUCGUUGGGAACCUGGUGGCUCUGUGGGUUUUCUUAUUCGUCGACUCUAAGAAGAACUCGGUGCGGGUCUUUCUAAUAAACACAGCUUUCGCGGACCUGCUGCUGGUGGUGUGUCUGCCGUUCAAGAUACUCUACUACAGCCGCGGAAGCGUCUGGACGCUGGGUCCCACGCUGUGUAAAGUCGUGGGCAACCUCUUUUACAUGAACAUGUACAUCAGUGUCACGGUGCUGGGGCUGAUCAGCGUGGACCGCUACAUGAAGAUCCAUCACGGCGCGAGGAGUCCGUACAGACUGUGGUCCACAAAAUGGAGCACCGCGCUCUGUGCCGUUGUCUGGAUUGUGGCCUUCGCUGUGAUUUUGUUGUUCCUGGUGCCCGAGAAUCCCCAACAGCAGGACAGGUGUUUCCACUACAAGCAGCUCCUUGAGGCAAAGUGGAAAGCCUACAUCAACAUCUCACUGGUGGUCUUCUUCUGGUUCGUCUUCGUCGCUCUGAUGGUGUCUUACGGAAAGAUCGCCCUCAAGCUUCGGAGGACGUCACAAGAGAAGCCCGACCUGCCCAACGCAUCCCGCUACGCCCGAACUGCCAGGAAGUCCUUUUUCAUCCUCUUCCUCUUCACCGUGUGCUUCGUCCCCUAUCACACAGUCAGGGUGUUCUACAUCAUAACGCAGAUCACACACACGUCGUGUUUCUGGCAGGACGUUGCCAACAAAGCCAACGAGUUGACUUUGCUGCUUUCAGCCCUCAACAGCUGCCUGGAUCCGGUCAUGUUCUUCCUCUUGUCCUCGUCGGUGAGGAAGGAGGUGCUGCGCUUGGUGGGCAACGUGUGCUGUGCGCCAGAUUUGGCUGGAGUGAGUGGGAGCAGCUCCACGGCAGAGCAGGACGGCAAGACCAGCAGGACGGACAGGGGACAGGCUAACGUCAGCUAUAGCAGCCAUUUGAGGGAGAGGACGGUUACUGAAUUCUGCCAGGCUGGGAUGUAAAGCUACUCCGAGACACGGAGCCUCCAUCUUUUCCAAAGGUCGACAUGACAGUAGUCUACAUCGACAAGGUUUGACUUCCGGGGUUGCUCCGGUGCCGCCGGAAAUCCAGCCGGAUGUCCCUCAUAUUGGCCGGAUGUCCGUCCCCUUCCUCUG